AUUUGCUUGGAAGCAAGACAGAACAAGCAAUUACUGUCAGCUGCUUUCGGACUGGCUUUCUGAACUAUUCCAGGAGAUGGAGUAGAGCUGACGCACUCACCUUGAUGAAGAACCUCACUGAAGGUAUGAGGAUCUCCAGUUGUUUUGCCAGGAGCCAACCACUUGAGAUCACCCCAGAAACCGAUACUUUAUUUAAAGACUCUCCAGUGGGAUUCCUCUGGAUGAACGCCGGGGACUGUUUCUGGUAGGAGAGUGUCUGUUUUGGAGGGUGCGGUGCUUCUGGCUUCAUUUCCCUUUGAAGUUUUCAGGUUUUUGUUUCCUGCUCCAGAUCACGGGUGAUGUACACAAACAGCAGAGUUCACAAGCAGCAGAGUUUGGGGAGGCUGAUCCUGGCUGUGUUUGCAGACCCGCUUCUUGCAGUAUAGGCUUCAUGGUCACAGACAACCACGGUCCUGAGUAUUGCAGUAUUAUCCGGCGGAGUUUCAAAAUCCUGAUUGUUACUGGGAAUCUCAUUACUGAAGGAGACAGGAAAGCAGCUGUAACUUGCAAGGAUGGCUGAAAUACGAAACUUCACGUGGGCAGUGGAAGAUAUUUUCAAGGAAACUUUUCUCACUUACAUGAAUGGCUGGAGGAAAAACAUGACAGAAGCGGCAAAUGAACUGCAAGCCAAGGUUGAUGCUGAAAACUUUGACUAUGUUAUCCUUUAUUUGAUGGUGAUGAUUGGAAUGUUCUCCUUCAUUAUUGUGGCGAUUCUGGUGAGUACCGUGAAAUCUAAGAGGCGAGAACACUCCAAAGACCCUUACCAUCAGUACAUCGUGGAGGACUGGGGUGAGAAGUAUAAAAGCCAGGUUCUGAAUCGAGAAGAUCUCAAGUGUGUGGUCCAUGAAAACUUUGGUGCAAGGGACAAAACAAGCCCCGCAUCACCCUGACAUUCCAGAAACAUCAGCAAAGAGGAAAUCAUGAAGUCACAUUUAGGGAACUCGCUGGAAUUACAAAUAGCUGAGAAAUUGUUCAUUAGAUUUACACAGGUUGAGCUAGAAUGGGCUGCUGAAGAAAUCAACAUUACUGUUUCCUCUGAGAACUCUGGCGCAGCUGCUUUGAGGAACACCCAAGAAAAAUGCACGACUUUGCUCUGCUUUGAUAUUCUGCUCUUCAGGAAUAUAAAGUCAUGGAGAGAAUAACUUGAAUUUUUUAGCAAUUUUUUGAAAUCGAGAAGCAGAUCUGGAUUACUGAGCAGUAAACUUCAGACGAACAGUAGGAGUUUUCAAGUGUUUAAAAGUCCUGAUUCAGAUCCCAAUGUGUGACAUAAACCCAUUUAAAAUAACAGGAAACUGUACAAUAAAAUACCAGACCCUCUAUCUAUUGAUUGAACAAUGUGUUAUGGUAUGAAUCACAGGACAAGCCUAUAUCUACACAUGUUCAAGUCAAUCCAAACUACUAUUUUAAUGACCUGGCUCCCGUUUCAAUUUCAUUAUUCAUUGACUACAAAGAAUGAUUCAUGGCCUUCUGUUUUAUCAUAAAAGCAUAGACAGACUAGCAGUCUCAUCUAAGAGUGUCCUGGUUGUCCAGGGCAGCUUUUAGAGUGUCAGUGUCUUUCUUGAAGUCCAUAGCUGUCUCUUCUGCUGUUUCUUGGUUUUUCAUAUUGAUCUGUUUAUCUGCAAUGCAAGCUGGGUGAUAGGGAUUUCUUGCAUUCCUAUUAGCCAAGCCCUAGUGUAGAUCAUCAUGCUCCUGCUAUAUAUCUUUCAGAGCAAGGGUUUCUAUGACCAGCUAUCAAAGCUAUUCCAUUGUUAUGCUUUCUAAUGUUUCCCAUGUUGGGUACUGGUGUGCACCAGUCAGAAAACAGGUUGUAAAGAUGGUUUAUCUUCCCUGUGCUGCUAAAGUACCAUGAUGCUGGCUGUUGGGGAAUAAUUAGAAGCAAAGCCAGUACUACUUCUAGUAUUAAAAUGUGUUCCUUUUUGCUCUAA